CAUAUUUGGGAUUAUUCUCAUAGUGGUGGAUUCUCUGUACGAUUGGCUUCAGUAAAAGAAAGCUAGCUUAACUUAAAGUUAUCAUAGAUAACUCAAAGGGCUCAUUGUUAAAUUAACAGAGCAGGUGUUUUUUUGCAGGAUCCAAUACUUCAAAAACCCCAAAAAGGUGUUUUUUGUUGCUGUUGCUUUAAUAAUAAACGUAUUUCAAUAUAACACCAUAUUUUCUGCGAUCAACCUUUACACUGAUAAACGUUUGGGUGGAUAAUCUUGUGUUGAAUAUUUUGAUGUCUGUUGGUUUUUCAUAUGUCACAUGUUUUCUUCAGAGUUUACGUAACCAUGUCCAAGCGUACCUCGAGGUUUAGCACAUGGAACACGCUUACUACUAAAUCGGGUCCAUACCGAAAAAAGAAUGGCAGUAUCGCGUACAGAGCAAAACGUCCUCUGGUUAGACCCCGACAUCCGGGACGUCAACAGCAGCCGACACGGUACCCAGUGACCAAAAACCAAAAGGGUCUCUUAGAGCUGAAACUUGGUCACUACCACUUGACAGAUUUUCCGAAAGACGUUUUGAAUUUCACAGGUCUACAACACCUUGAACUAUCCCAUAAUGCUAUUCAAGAAAUUCCAGGGGCUAUCGGUAGAAUGCGAAGAUUGAAAGUUCUCUAUCUGCAAGAUAACAAAAUACUUCGCUUGCCUGAAACUCUUUCUAACUGUAUUCAUUUGGAGGAUAUCAAUUUGACAAAAAAUGAACUGUCGUCUCUUCCCCAAAACAUCGGAGCAUUAAAAGCGUUGCAAUCUCUUCGGCUUGGUGAGAACCGGUUUGAGACCCUACCACAUGAUAUCAGUCUUCUUGGGAACCUAAGAACCCUCGAUCUCCAUGGCAACCAUUUGUGGUAUUUGCCUUUUGCCCUAUCACUGUUGACCAAACUCCACUAUCUGAACCUUGCAGACAACAAGUUUGAGCACCUACCUCUUCCUGUCUGCCAUAUCGUUUCACUGAAAGCUCUUCAGCUUCGAGGUAAUGGUCUUUCAAACUUGCCACCAGACUUCGAUUCGCUGAAACAACUUAAAGAGGUAAAUCUGAGUUUUAACAAACUUCAAAUGAUACCAUCUAGUGUAACGAAUCUCCAUGAACUAAAAUAUCUUAAUCUCGCGGGAAAUAAAAUCCGCCAUGUUUCGCACCACUUUGCCACUAUUGCAAAACUGAGGGUGCUGCAUUUGCAAGGAAAUGAAAUAGAACAUUUUGCAGAAGGAUUUGUACACAUGCGCUAUUUGAAUGUGUCCGAAAACCGACUAUACGCGCUGUCAAUUGGACGGAUGAAAAAGCUGCAGCAUUUAAAUGCGAGUUUCAAUCAAAUGGACAACAUUCCGGCUGGCUUGUUCUCAUGUCAAAGAUUAGAAGCAUUAAAAUUAAACGGGAACAAACUACAAGUUAUCCCCCAUGAAAUCAUACAACUUCAGAAAUUGCGAGUAUUAGAUCUAGGGAACAAUGAACUGACAUGUUUUCCUCAAGUCAUCGACAAAAUGGUUAAACUAGAUUAUUUCAAUGUUCGAGGAAACUUCAUUAAGCAAAGAGAAGGGUCACCCAAGCAGGUCUGGCCUCAGAGUUUUUCAGUGACUGUAAAGAAAGACAAGGUUUCACCAAGAACGGGUAAAUCGCCACUCGCAAAUCAAAAACCUAAACCGGCAUUGUCUGGGAGCAGUCGAUUUGCCCAGAAGAAGCCAAGACAUGUACAAUCACAACACUUAGAUGAACUACUGCAAAAUGGGUUUUCUCUCCGCCAUAUUCAAAAUGGACACGAUUCUGUGAUGCACCACUAUGGAAGAGAUGACGAAACAGAUAGACAACCAACAAGACACAUUGUCGACAGACAUGAUACUAGGCUGGUGGCAGAAAGACCGGGUCCAUCUGCUGGAAGAGAGGCCAAGCACAAGAUAGAGCUCAAAGAUGGCUACAGCACUUUCAGAUCAACAGAAACUGAUUUUCAACUCCUGGGAAUAUGCAAUCAAGUUGAAAUGUUGCUCAACAAACAGCUUCUUCAGCCUACAACGUAAACAAUAUACAUAGUGGUGGUGAAAGUGAUGAAAAAUCACCACAAUCUUGGCAUCAUCUUAAAAAAUGAAACCGAUCGAGUGUAUGAAAUAUUUUUUUUUUUUUUACAUGAUCAUUCAAUGGUAUGCAAUAAGACUCUCAAGUUAAAAAGGCAUUGCAUGUUCUACCCCUCAUGUUCACUACAAAUGGACUUCUUCACUUCUUCCGGUUUUUGGAGGUAAUGCUUCUUAAAGGUUUCCAUGCAUCACAAACAUUUUGUAACUUUAUUGCUAUGUGGUUGCAAUUUGACAUUCAAUGCCUUGGUGAAAUAUAUGACAGAAAAUCAUAGUAUGGAAUUUUCUAUUUCAAGUCAAUGUACAUGUAGAAUAUAGACUGUAGACUACUUCUAUUAUAACAUAGACAUUGUAUUUGGCAAAAUUGCUGCACCAUGUCAAUUUGCUAGAACAGAAAGUAGUACUCACUACACACAGUAAAAACAGUUAUAGUGAAGCUCUAGGGUCAGCGAGAAACAGUUUGUAAUAACCAAACUUCCUUAUAUCCAAUAACAUUAUCACUAUUUUCUUAUCACUGAAGCUCUAGGGCCAGCCAG